AGUUAUGAUCCCACUGUAACGUGACCAGACAAUUACGCAGUUCCCAUAGCUUGUACGUAUGCGCAGCAAACUUCUGAUUGGGUAGAAAUAAGGUGGAGGGGGAAGCAGAGUUGCCGCUCAAUAAAAGAGCCAGGUUCUUGUUUCCACAACGUAGUUCCAAACAUUUGAUCGUUCAGUUGUAAUCGUUCGUGAGAAAAGUACUUGCAUCAUGACUGGUCGUGGAAAGGGAGGAAAAGGAUUGGGAAAGGGAGGAGCAAAGCGUCAUAGAAAAGUUCUUCGUGAUAACAUUCAGGGUAUCACGAAGCCGGCCAUUCGUCGUCUUGCCCGUCGUGGUGGAGUCAAACGUAUUUCUGGCUUGAUCUACGAAGAAACGCGGGGUGUUCUCAAAGUAUUCUUGGAAAACGUUAUCAGAGAUGCUGUGACUUACACUGAGCACGCUAAAAGGAAAACCGUUACGGCUAUGGACGUCGUCUAUGCUUUGAAACGCCAAGGAAGAACCCUCUACGGUUUUGGUGGUUAAAGUGUCAUUCUUCAUUUUUGUUCAGUAAAAGAAAAAACGGCCCUUUUCAGGGCCAC